GAAGUCGAAGGACUUGUAUUUGUUGUUGUUGCAGGUGACGAUCAGUUUUAUGUUUGUGUGAAUAAAGCUGACAUUAUAAUGGCAAGUCUUCAGCAAACACGUCGCAAAUACACCACUGUUAUUGAUCUGCGAAGGAUUCUUCAGCAGAAGACCUAAUGUCAACAACACGCCCCGCCGCAUGUGAUGCUUAGUACACUUCAAGAUGCUGAAAGCCUUUUUGGAGUUGGGCAGAAAGAGAAAGUGGUGCUGAGAAUUCCUGGGAAGUGUGCUGGGUAUUUCGAACUCAAGCAGUUUGAUCCUAACUUCUUGUCUGAAGGCGAAAUACUUUGUCGUUACCCCGAAUGCUGUAAGAUAAAUCUUCAAGCACAAGGAAGCGGCAAUAGGCGAGAAUUGUACCUCUGCCCAACUCACGUAGACAGGCUGAACACGGUCUUUUCUCAAGCCAUAAAGGGAGGACCGGUUACAGACAAGAACUUUUCUUUGAGCAUGGAAGACCACGAUCAAAAAGAUCUCACAGAAUUCACGUCACUGAUCGGACUUCUGGAGGUAGUUUAUCACGCUAAAGAGAAAUCUCCCGAGAUCCUUGAGGCUAUUCUGAAUGCGAGAAACUUCUUGAUCAUCACCAGCACGGUGCUGCAGCCAAUUAUUGCUGGUCCGACGGCAGUGCCGCUUGUCGCUCUAAUGUUGAGGCUUAUUUUGGAGAAUAAAAAUGACACUGGAAAAGUAAAUUGCUUGGUUUCUGGUCUCCAUAAAGUCAUAGAGGUGAAUCUUGGAGCUUUUGGGAUUGUCUAUUCAUGGAUCUCAAAAUCUACUAUCGGAAGUGAAAGGUUUGCCAAGGGGGGUAUUGAUGUUGUUGUUAAAGGAGCAUGCCUUCUUGGAUUCCUUCUAGGUUUAUUUGCAUUAUCUGUUGGAUACUAUAAAUGGAAAGUACCAGUGGUGUCCACUUACUGGAAGGAGAUAGCCGUUGGUGGAGGGCUUGUCUCUGUCUAUGAAUGCUGUUCAGGAAACAGUGGCUCUUCGGAAAAUGGAGACCUUAGCAGUCGACGUAUCGACAUGUAUUAUUUUCAGGGAGAUGCUGAUGGUGGACUGGAAGUUAGUGUUUUUACCCAAGACCAGUAAAUGUGGUUACUAGAUCUAUUGUAACCACACUCAAGUCCUUGCAAACCAGACUAUUCAGAAAAAUCUUUUCUGAUAACCUGCCUUUGUCCUCUUGGCCUUAUGACGCAUCAGAUAAUGGGAUAAACGACCAUAAACUGUUUAGAAACUUGUCAAGCAAAACCUCAGGAAAUAAUCUCUUAAAGUUUGUGAGUAUCAAAAUUAGUAGUAUAAAGAAAACGUGCAUUUUUUCAGAUUAUAGUGAUGACAGUAAAAGAGUUUCUAGUCAAGAAAUUUUUCUGUGCUAGGGUAGGGAUUUUUUUCUUUGGCAUCUAGUCUAGGUAGACUAAUUCAAAGAGGGCAGACAGCAAAUUGCUCUUGCUCGAAAUAUCUAAAAGUCACAACUGUUCAUCAGUAGGAUGCCUAAAAUGUGUGCAAUUCCACAACUGGUUUUGGCUCCAUUAAAUCCUAUACCAACUGUAGAACAUUUUAGGAGGAGCCACCCACAAUGUGAGCACAGGCACUGACAAGGUGUAUGAGUAGGAAAACAACAAAGAAAGUGUAACGCAUUAAAUAACAAAAUGAAUUUUUGUGUCAAUUAAAUAAGUAAAUAAAGCAUGUGCAUAUUUAAAUAGUGUGCACACUCAACCUACACUUACUGAAAGGAAAAUAAAACUAUUAAAUUAACAAAGGAUAUGACGGUCCCAUUCACCCAUUGAGUGCCAAUUUCAUUUGAUACUUAUCAAUGAUAAACCCUUGGUGCUUGAAGGUAAGGUAGCGUUUGAAAUAUGUUUAGAGACCCCUCCACUUCAAGGGUAAAAGGUUAGUAAUGAUGAUUCAGACUACUCCAGAUGUAAUGUGAGAAAUAAAUAUAUAGUGUUGAAGUCACUUUGAAUAUAUUUCAAGCACUAAAACUAGUUUACAUUUAACAUGAACCACAGGAAAAAAUAACG